AUGGCUUCAUCUUCUCUAGCUCUCAGGAGACUUCUCUCGUCCACCGUCGUUCCUCGAUCCAUUCGCGGCGUUCGUCCGGUGGCUGCUUCUCGCCUCUUCAAUACCAACGCCGUUAGAAGCUAUGAGGACGGCGAUGACGGCGUCGAGGGGAGCCAUCGCUCAAACCGACAGGUUUCUCGCCGCGGCGGCGAUUUCUUCUCAGAUUUGUUCGAUCCGUUUGCUCCGACGAGGAGCUUGAACCAGGUGCUGAAUUUCAUGGACCAGUUCAACGAAAGCCCUCUGGUGUCAGCUACGCGUGGAAUGGGAGCUUCGGGAGUGAGGCGUGGUUGGGACGUGAAAGAGAAAGACGACGCGUUGCACCUGAGGAUCGAUAUGCCAGGGCUGAGCAGGGAGGACGUGAAACUGGCGCUGGAACAGAACACACUUGUGAUAAAAGGAGAAGGGAAAACAGAGGAGGAGGGGGAAGAAGAUGUUUCCGGCGAUGGACGGAGGUUCACGAGCAGGAUUGAGUUACCGGAGAAAGUGUACAAGACAGAUGAGAUAAAGGCGGAGAUGAAGAACGGGGUGUUGAAAGUGGUGAUCCCUAAGAUGAAAGAGGAAGAGCGUAAGAAUGUGCGACACAUACAGGUCGACUAG